AAACCGAAAAUUGUGAUCAAAAAUAAUUUUAAAAUCCAUAAAAUAGUAAUUUUGGUUCUAUUUGAUCCUCAAAAAUACUUCUACAAUUGUAAAUAUUUUUGAUGGAUGCAAAAUCUAUAAAAUCUCACCUUAAAGAAGCUAAGGAAGCUAUCAAAAAUAAAGAUAUCGAAAAAGCUUUGAAAUUAUGCAAAGCUGUUUUGAAAGCAGACCGUGGUAACUAUUUGGCCUUCGUGAUAUUCGGCGCUGCUUUGCAAGAAUCCGAAAACAAAAACGAUGCUGUGAACGCUUUCAAAAAAGCGAUCGAAAUCUCUCCUCAGCAAAUCUUGGCAUGGCAGGGAUUAGCUUCUUACUACGAGAAAGAAGGAGUCGAGAAAUAUCAUCAAGAAUUGAUUCCUGUGUACAAGGAGUUAUUUCUGUUGGAAACAGAUUCCAAGAAACAGAAGGAUAUUGUUGAAAAAUUGAACGAUAUUUUGAAGAACCAUCAAUGUUUAGAUUUAAUUAUCGAAGUUUUACAACCGUGCCUAGAGUACGAAGCAAAUUCUCGUAUUUUUAUCGCAGAUCUACUCUGCAAGUAUUUUUCAACGCUGAAAGAAGUGCCGGAAAAAUAUUCCAGUUGUUUCAAGCAAUGUUUACAAUUGAAAAUUGAAACCGGAGAACCGUUAGAUGGAUUAUCUUCCAACUACUGCCUGUUGCUUUAUAAAUCGAGUGAUUUCAGUCGAUUGAUAGAAUACUGUCGCGAUAUUCUAUCGAAAAAUGAAGACAAUAUCGACGCUUUGGAAUGGAUAUGUCGUAUUUAUUUCGAAAACAACGUUAAUUUAAUAUCAGUCGAUGUACCGUCCAAUAUCCAACCUUACGUUGAUAAAUUAUCAAAAUUGAAAGAAAACAGUAUCCCUGGUUUAUUAGUCGAAGCGGCUCGUUCGUUUGAAAAGAACGAUUUUGUGAAUUGUAGAGCAAUUUUAAACGAUGUUAUCGAAAUCGAUGCGAGGAAUCCAUACGCGUUGUAUUUCUUAUCAAAGGUGAAUUUUUCGUUGAAUGCUUUCGAAGAUGUCGUUCAAAAUGUAUCGUUGGCUGAUAAAUACCUUCCUAAAGAAACGAACGAUGAAUUACGUCAAAAUUUACGUUUAUGGAGAAUGAUCGCGUUGACAAAUAGUUCAAAUGUGAAAAAAUGCGAAGAAGGAGUCGAGCUUUGCAACGAGUUGUUGGAAUCCGAUCCAUCGAACUCGACCGUUUUGAAAUGUCUAAUCAGAGGUUACAUCGAACUUCAAAAAUGGGAUUCAGUAGAAUCUAACUUGAAUAGGCUUGAUGCCAAAACCCCAUCAUCGAUUUACUUGAAAUCAUUAUACAAUUUUAAAUUAGAUAAAUUAGACGAGGCUGUGAAAAUUUUAACCGAAGAUAUUCAAGAAAAUGUAGAUCAUGUCGAGCAUUUUUUAUUAUUAGGGAAGCUGUACCGAGUACAAGAGAAACAUAAAGAAGCUUUGUCUUGUUUUUUGAAGGCUGCGAAAUUAGCACCGCAUAUUUAUUCGUCGUUUUUAGAGCUAGGUCAUUAUUAUCGUGACGUGAAUAAUGAUUUGGAAAAGGCUAGACGAUGUUACCAGAAAGCUUUUCAAUUGAAUCCUAAAUGCGAGGAAACUGGUGUUUCGUUGAGCGAUGUUUACAGGCGGUUGAAUAAUACGGGAAGCAAUUACGAGCUGUUAAGUUCAGUAACUUCUGCCGGAUCCGCGAAUUGGGUAUGGUUGCGAUUAGGAUUACAUUAUUUGGAUGUUAAUAAUCUGAGAUCAGCUGUUGAUUCUCUACGAACGGCAGUCAGACUGAAUCCUAAUGAUAGUCGUUGUUGGGAAUGUUUGGGAGAUGCGUAUUACACCAGAGGGUCUUAUAUAUCAGCUUUGAAGUGUUACGAAAAGUGCCUAGAGUUGAAUUCGUCAUCUAUUUAUGCAACUUUACAAAUAGCUUUCGUUAAACAGAAAAUAAGUCUUCACGAUGAAAGUAUUCGAGAAUUUCGUGCUCUAAUCGAACAAAAUCCCGAUUAUAUUCCUGCUUUGGACGGUUUAGCUCAAGUAUGUCUUUCUGAAGCGAGAUCUUUAUUCAACCGACAGAUUGUUGGAUCAGCGAGAGAUUUGUGCGAAGAAGCAGCAACUUGUUUAACAAAGAUUUUGAAACAGAACGGUAAACUGGCCAGUGUAUGGAAAUUAUUCGCUGAUGUUUGUCUAUUGGUGUGUCGGUUACCGGAAAAAAUAUCUUUUAUGAAUCUAUCUGCUGCUCUUCUCGAACAAAAUCAAGGGAAUUUAAAUACCGAUGAGUCUAUUUGUGUCCGAAGAGAUCAAUUAUUGAAUUUCACGUUGAAAUGUUAUUUUGUGGCUGUGAAGUUGAAUCCAGCCGAUUCUAACGGAUUGAGUUUCCUAUGGCAUGAUAUCGCCAUCUGUUAUACUUUUUUAGCGAAAAAUAGUCAAACUAACGAUAAAUCGCAGUUCAUGAAAUUCGCUUUGAUAGCGUCUAAAAAAAGUGUUUCGUUGAUGCCUCAAGUUUGGGAUCACUGGAAUUUAUUAGGAGUUAUCGCUUGUUCUAAAGAAAUCAAUGAUCCGAAACUAGCACAACACUGUUUUAUAAAAUCUAUUCAAAUCGAUAACGACUGUGCCGUUUCAUGGACCAAUCUCGGAGUUCUAUAUUUACAACUGGAAGAUAUCCAGCUGGCCAAUGAGGCUUUUCAGAAUGCUCAAAGAUCAGAUCCUAAAUAUUCUCGAUCAUGGAUUGGUCAAGCAUUAAUUGCUGAAUCAGUCGAUCAUCUGGAAACGAUUGAUUUAUUUUACCAUACCACUCAAUUGGGCUAUCACGACGAAAGUGCCAAAGGAUUCGCUGAAUGGAUCUGUAAGGUGUUGAAGGAAUGGGAUACGUAUCGAAAUAAUCAUCAUUGUUACUAUAUUGUCGAACGAAUGGCUGGAUUACAAGUAGCUGCGACAGUUCUUCAUUGGUAUACUGUUCAUAAUCCAAACGACGCUUCAGCUUCGAAUAUGCUUGGAGUGUUGUUGGAAUUGUGUAAUUUACCUACAAGUGCGGUGGCUGCGUCGAAAAAUUCAUUGCAGUGUGUGGCCGAUGAAAAAGAUAUCGUACGUUCUAAUCUGGGUCGACAGUUACGAAAAAUUAAGAAAUACCAGGACUCGAUUGAAAUAUACAGAGAAAUCAAACAAACUGAUUUCGCGACUCAGUGUGAUUUAGCAUUAUCGUUGUUUUCUGCACAUCAGUACGACGAAGCUUUAGCCAGUUACGAAUCAGCAAUUCAUUGGUUCGCUCCUGAUGAAGGAUCAAUGGCCCAAGUGAUGGUUGCAACUGCUGCGUUAAAUUACAUGCAAAAGAAAACCGACGUCGCUCAGACCAUAUUAUUUCAGUGUAUUGGACUCAAACCAGUGCCAGUCUAUGGAUUAUUCGCUGCUUGCGCAUUUGGCAUGUUGAAUAACGAAUUGAAGUUAUCGAAAUUGGUUCUGAGGGAAUUGGAGGCUUUCAAGAACGAAUCCGAGUAUACGAGUCAUAUAGCUAUUUUCAAAAGCUACUGCGAAGUUAUCCAGCAAAAUUUCAAAGUGGCCAUCAGAACAAUGAGUAAAUUUAUCUACAAUCGACCGGGAGACGCUUCGCUAUGGUUUUCGUUAUGUAUACUUUUACUUCGUCUAAUUUACGAAUACGAAAAAGAUUACAUUGGAUUGAGUAUAUCUUCGGCCUAUCACGCCAGAUGUGCGAUUUCACUGGGUAGAGGAGUGAUUGACAUUUCCGGGAUUUACUCCAUUAUGAGUCUGAGUCAUCUUUUAGCCGGAAAAGGAGAAGAAAGUUUACGAAGUUCUAUGAAAGCGGUCCACAUGUACCCAGAAGUUGCUGAAAAUUGGGCUGUCUUGAUCGUAGUUCUGUAUUCUCGAGGAAAUGAUUAUCCUUCGUUGUUGAAAAUGAUAUCCCAUGUGAAAUUUAAAUUAAAUUGCUCUAAAACUUUAAACGCCUGGCUGAGUAAUAUCGAACGUAAAGUUACCAAGAUUUUGGGUUGAGUUGAGAAAAAUAUUUAUUGUACUAAAAUGUGUACGUAGAAGAAAUUCAGUAGGUUCAAUUUUUUUUUAACUUCUUGUAAUUUUAUUUUAUUUAUUUAUUCGUUUCGAUGAAAAUGAGUGAUCGUGUUUUUAAUUCAGAUAUUUUUCUUUCGUCGUUUUUAUUUUUUAUUUUCUAAAUUUACUUCGUCUUUUUUUCAGUCAAUUAAUCAUCGUGUAAGUUAUUUAUUUUCUGUUUUUAUAUUGGCAACUUGAAAUAAGUAAUCACUGUACCUAUUUUAAUAUUUUCAUCGUGUAAUCUGAUUUUUUUAACAAAUUAAAAUAUUUUAAUCGAA